AUGUCACUACUCGGAAAAGAAAAUACCGACCCACAUGAUCCUUAUACCAAUGAACUUCCAGUCAACGACCUAAUUUACUCCUAUGACUGGUCUGAAACUCCACUUGGGGCCAUGUCAACAUGGGAACCCACCUUGAAAACAAUAGUUGAUGUAUGUAUGCAUUUAAACUUUCCUAUUUGUGUUUACUAUGGUCCCGAAUUAAGAUUAAUAUAUAAUCAAAUGUGGCGGCCUAUUUUGAAAAUGAAACAUCCAGCAUUGGGCCGUCCCGCAAAGGAAGUGUGGUCCGAGAUAUACGAUGUUAUAGGACCUAUGUUCGAUACCGUGAUUAAAACUGGAAAAGGGAACUUCCAAGAUGAUACUUUGUUAUUAAUGCAUCGAGAAGGAUACGUCGAAGAAUGUUAUUUUUCUUUCACUUUUAGUCCAUUGUUUAAGAGUGAUGGAACUGUUGGAGGCAUUUUUAAUGCUGUCCAGGAGACGACAAAAAGGGUCCUAGCGGCUAGAAGAUUAAAGACUCUGGGAGAUUUAGGGAAUAAAACUGCUGGUGCAAGAUCAGUAGAUGGUGCCUGUCAUCUGGUAUUAUCUGCGUUAAAAGAGAAUGUUGCCGAUCUGCCAUUUGCUAUUAUUUAUUACUUGGAGACUAACAAUAAAAAAACAACUGCUAAUUUAAUAGCAACAACAUUUGAUGAAAAUUUAGUAACAAUAAGAGGAGAGGAUGGUAUUGAAGAAUUGAUUUUUAAUGGGCAAUCAAGUAGAAGUCUCCCGGAUUUCUUGUUGGAAACACCUGAUUUGGUUGAGAUAUAUGGUGACAAUGCAAAAAGUAAUAAAGAAAUAAUGGAAUGUGAAUGUAACAUGACUCAAACUUGGCCUUUACAAGAAGUUGCUAGCAAGAAUUCGCAUGUUAUUGUACAACUUAAAGAUGAUUCCAAAGCGAUCCUCUUGCCGGUAAAAACGUCAUUUGCUGGAAAAAAGAAUGUAAAUGCCAUACUAAUAUGUGGACUUAAUGUGAGAAGAAAACUUGAUAACGAUUAUAUGGAAUUCUUACGUGUAAUUAUAAAAUUUUUCUUUUCUCAUGUAAGUUCGGGUUUAUCAAAUGGGAGAUCAAGGGAAGAAGAAAGGAAACAAGCUGAAAUUCUCGCGGAUCUUAAUCGACAAAAAAUUAUGUUCUUCCAAAAUAUUAGUCAUGAGUUGAGAACUCCUUUGACUUUGAUGCUUUCACCAUUAGAAGAUACGAUAUCAAAUAUUUCGGAUCCAUCACGAUGUUUAACCCAUCUUCAUAUGAUAAGACGUAACGCUCGUAGACUACUUAAACUUGUUAAUACAUUAUUACAGUUUUCUCGAACUGAGACUAGUAACUUGGAAGCAGAAUUUCGUGAAACCGAAAUCGCGAAGCUUACUUUAGAACUUGCUUCAAGUUUUGAGAGUAUGGCUAAAUCAUUAGAUGUGACAUAUACUAUCGAAGUACCAGAUCAAGUUGAAUUUAAUCGACAAUUGAAUAAGAAAGUUUUUAUUGAUCGAGAUAUGUAUGAAAAAAUUUUGUUCAAUUUAUGCAAGUAUAAUCGUUCAAACGCUUUUAAACAUACUUGGAGUGGAGGUGUUACGGUCAAGUUAUAUUCAGAAAAGCAAGAUAAUAAAGAAUUUAUUGUGCUUGAGACACCUAUUCGAGAUCACAUUCCUAAAUUAUUUCUACGUUUUUAUCGCGUUGAAUCGAGUCAAUCACGGAGCCAUGAAGGAACUGGAAUUGGUCUUGCGCUUGUGCAAGAAUUAAUUCAACGUCAUGGCGGUGAUAUAUUUGUGGAGUCUGUUGUCGAUCAAGGUAGUACGUUUAAAGUUCGGAUACCUACUGGAUGGGAACAUUUACCACCUAAAAAAGUUUAUUUUGGUGAAGAAAAUGAAAAAGUUCUGGAGAAAGAAUUAUUUUCAAGUCGUGAUCUUUAUAUUGAAGAAUCAGAACAAUGGAUUCAAAAGAUUCAAACUGAAGAUCUUGACCAGAAAUUCGAUCGAGACAUGGAUUUAGAUGAUCCCAUCGAUUCUUCGACUUUCGAAAUAAAUAUCCCUGGAACGGGAACAGGCGAAUUCCCGUCCUCAUGGGAUGAUCCUUUUAUCACAGGUGGCAAAAGAUUUAAAAUACUUAUUGUAGAUGACAAUACUGAUAUGAGAAAAUAUUUAUCUGGAGUAUUGAGGAAUGAAUUUGAAGUAUGCAGUGCUUGUGAUGGUCGUGAUGCUUUGAGAAUGUUGAGAAAGAUUGAUGUUGCGCCAGAUUUAGUGUUAAGCGAUAUUAUGAUGCCUAAUAUGAAUGGAAUUGAUUUGUUAAAAACUUUGAGAAAUAAUCGAUCAACUCAAAUGAUCCCAGUAAUUUUACUAUCCGCUAAAGCUGGAGAAGAAGCUAGUAUUGAAGGGUUGGAUUAUGGAGCUGAUGAUUAUUUGACCAAGCCAUUCAACGCUAAGGAAUUGAUUGCUCGAAUACGAGUCAAUAUUAAACUAUACCAUCUUCGUCAACAAUUUUACUUGGAGCAAAAACGUCAAGCAGAUACAAGACAGUUGUUGUUCUCAAUCAGUAGUAAAAUUCGAUCGGAAUUAAAUAUUCAAGACAUUCUUUCAACAGCUACCGAGGAGGUUCAUAAAAUCUUACCAUGUGAUAGGAUUUAUAUUUUGGCUGCAGAUCAAAACGAUAGUGUCAAUUUAAAAGUCAUGACAUUUUCGACAAAAGAUCCAAAUGAACCAAAUUUGAAAGGACAACUGGUCCGUUUUUCAAUGAACGAGAAGGAUAAACCUUUUAUACCAUUUAUACCAUUUUCAGCAGGUAAAAAUGACUUUGAUUCACGUAAAGCUAUCCAAUUUAUUCGACAAGCCACAGAAGAUCCUGUUGAAACUGCUAAAGAAUUUGAAGCUUCAGUUUUUCAAGAUUAUUAUUCCCCCGUAGUUAAUCACCAAGUUUCAUCAAUUGUACUUCCAAUUAAAGUCAAAGUCAAUUCAAACGUAUGGGGAUGGAUAAUUGCAGAUAGACCUCAAAACAAUACUUGGUUCGAUUAUGAAAAGGUAUUUUUACAACAAAUUUCGAAUCAAAUUAGUUUGGCUAUUACACAUUCUGCACUUUUGGAAGAUAAUUUGAAGAAGGAAGCACAAAUGGAAGCAGCUAAAGCUGCAAAUGAAGCUAAAGGUCAAAUUUUAGCUAAUACUUCUCAUGAAUUACGAACGCCACUUGGAGCAAUUAUAGGAGUAUUAUCAGCAUUCGAAGAGACUCAACUUUCAGAAGAGCAAAAAGACAUGGUUCAUAUAAUGACUAGAGCUUCCGACGUAGUCUUAUCAGUUGUAAAUGAUAUCUUAGAUGCAGCAAAAUUAGAAGCACAAAAGAUUACUUUAAUAAAUAGAACUUUUGAUUUAUUUGAUUUAAUGGAAAAAACCAUAGAAAUUUUUGGUGAAAGAGCUGGUGCAAAACAAGUUGAAUUGAUUUUGUGUUGCGAACCAACUUCUUUGCCGAAAUAUGUCAAAUCGGAUCCAGAAAGAUUGCAACAAGUUUUGAUGAAUUUGUUGUCUAAUUCCAUUAAAUUUACCGAAGAGGGAGAAAUUUGUCUCAAGGUUGGCAUGAUAAAUACAAACGAAGUUGCCCAUGACGAAGCUGGAGCGAGCAAUGAAAUUACUACCGUGAAAAAAGGAACAUUAUUUGUUGAAAUAAUCGACACCGGCAUUGGUAUUAAUCCGACAUUUAUUAAAGAUAUUUGGGAAAGUUUCUCUCAAGGGGAUGCUUCAAUGACAAGACGCCAAGAUGGGACAGGGUUAGGCCUUUCAAUUUGUAAACACCUAGUAAUCAUUAAUGGUGGUGAGAUGGGAGUGCAAAGUGAAUUUGGAAAAGGAAGCCGAUUUUGGUUCACCUGGAUCGUUGAACCUUUACCUUUAUCUGCCAUACCAAUUACGUCCAUUUCACAAAUUUCUUCCGCUGAUAUUUCAAAGAACGAUGAAAAAACUGGAUUAAUUUUGCCCGCUAUAAUUAGAUCAAAACGUAUUUUAAUCGUUGAUCCUAUUGCGACAGCUCGAGAAGCUUUGGUUAAAUUAAUUGGGGCUAGUGUAGAGAGAAUUGAUGCAUUUGAUACAUCAGAUAAGGGAAUAACAUUAUCGAAAGAAUGGAGGAAAACCCAUAAUGAACCAUUGUAUGACAUUGUAUUUUUCAACGUUCGUGAAGAUAAUAAAGAAAAAGUUAUAAAGGCUGCUAAAGAGUUGAGAAUUCAUGGAAAAGAAGAUCUUUGCAUAGCACUUAUGGUGAAUUCUUCCGUAAACGGACGCGCUUUAGGGCAGGAACUUAUGAAAGAUAUUAAAGGAAAUAUUGCGACAUUAUGCAAGCCAAUAAUGCAAAAGAGAUUAUUGGAUUGUUUGCAUAAUAUUGAAAUAUUCAAGUCAUCGAUCUCAUCCGUACCAGAACCGAUAAUUGAUUAUAAUUCUGUAAAAUCAUUAGCUGACAUAAGGGUUGAAAAAUAUUAUCGUCAUAAAAGACCAUUACCGUUAGGAAAAGAACCAGAAGUUGCAAAAGGUUUAGAGAAAUCGUCAGGUGACGAUAAUCAAAUGAUUGUUGAUGAGACGCAAGAGAAAUUGAAUUCAGAUGGACCUAAAAAGACAUCAUAUUCGAAUUCAAAGAAGACAUCCCUGAAAAGAAUGGCACAUGGUGAAGACCAUAUUCAAUCUCCUGAUGAGUAUCCUGCUUCAAAAUAUAGAUCCCGCCCCAUUUCAAAUUCAAAGUGCAUUUUAUGUGUGGAGGAUAAUCCUAUAAAUCUUAAGGUUAUACAACAUCAACUUUCAAAACUUGGAUAUCAGACCAUAGCGGCAACGAAUGGACAAGAGGCAGUUAAUAUAAUCCAAGCAGAAUGUAAUAAUGCAGAUGAAAAGUCUUCACAAAUCAUCACAAAAGGACAUUAUUCCGUGUCAUCAUCGUCAAAUAUAGCAGUGGAUAGUGGAAGAAUUUCUUUGAUAUUAAUGGAUUGUGCUAUGCCUAUCAUGUCGGGAUUCGAUGCAUCAAAAGCCAUAAGGGCCAUACCGUCACCAAUAUCAAAAAUUCCUAUCAUUGCUUUAACAGCUUCAGCAGUUCAAGGCACGAGAGAUAAAUGUCUUGAAUCUGGAAUGAAUGAUUAUUUAACCAAACCAUUGAAAAUCGGUCAACUUAAAGAAAUGCUGGCUCAAUGGCUUGGAGAAAAUUAG